AUGUGCCAUCUGAUACACAUGAGAACUGACUGCAGCAUGUUGCUAGAGCCAUCAAGGGACCACACUGCGCAUCUUCAUCGUCUGCCUCAGAACCUCUUCCAGCAGCAGGAUGCGAGUAAUCUUCUGAACAUCAUACCAAGAAAAACAGUGAAAUACCAGUCUGAAAAUCUAAAGAUAUUUGAAAAGCAAGGACUGUCCAAUUUUUCUACUCUCUUGCUGAGUGAAGAAACAAAUACUUUAUAUGCUGGAGUCAAAGAUUAUAUCCUUGUUUUUAACUUAAGUGACAUUUCUAAAGAAAUAUCCACAGUAUCCUGGUUUGCUUCAGAGGAUAGUAAGCUUCAAUGUCUUCGCAAAGGAAAAAGCAAGGCAGAAUGCAACAACUAUAUACUUAUUAUGCAUAAGAUAAAUGCAACAAAUUUAUAUGUCUGUGGCACAAAUGCAUUUCAUCCAGCUUGUCGUUACAUGGUAAUUGACAAUAUGAAAUUAAAGUUGUAUACAAGAGCUACAGAAAGCAGAGGAAGAUGUCCAUAUGAACCAACUGUGAGUUAUGCCUCUUUAAUGGUCGAUGGUGCACUUUAUACAGCUACUUCAAAUAACUUCUUGGGUACAGAGCCAAUUAUAUUGCGGAGUUUCAGGAAUCCUUUAAGGACAGAAUAUAAAGCAUCUUGGCUUAAUGAACCUACUUUUAUUGAUAUGGAACUUAUACAGGAAAAUGAAGCAGUCUCUGACUCUGACAGAAUUUUUGUGUUCUUCACGGAAACUGCUAUUGAAUUUGAGUUCUAUGAUAAGCUUCGGGUGUCACGAGUAGCUCAACUCUGCAAAGGUGAUCUUGGUGGAAAGCGAACGUUAAAAAAAAGAUGGACUUCAUUUUUAAAAUCUACCCUUCUCUGCUCUGUUCCUGAACUGCAAUUCCAAUUUAAUAUCCUUCAUGAUGUCUUUGUAGUCAAGAAUUCAAACUGGCAGGAAACCAUAAUUUAUGGGAUUUUUACCCAGCAAUGGGGAAACUUGGAUAUUUCAGCUGUUUGUGCAUUCCGGAUGGAGACUAUUCAAGAUAUAUUUCUGAAAGGAAGCUACAAAGGUCCUGUUGCUUUGGAAAAUUCCCAUAUGAAAUGGGUGGUGUACAGAGGAGAUGUUCCAAGUCCUCGUCCUGGGGCUUGUGCCAAUGUUUCUGCUCUACACUUGGGGUACACCUCUUCAAUUGACUUGCCAGACAAAGUCCUCCAGUUUGCCCGAGACCACCCUUUGUUGGACAGUAUUGUAAACUCAGUUGGUCUUCAGCCUGUCUUCCUGAAAAGGGGUACCAAGUACACACAACUCAUAAUAAGCCAAGCCACUGACUUGGAUAAUGUCACAUAUGACAUCUUUUUCCUAGGGACAGAUAAGGGCUAUUUGCAUAAAGCUCUCAAUUGUCAUGGAGAAAUUAUUAUUUUGGAAGAAAUACAGUUGUUUCCAUCAGCAGAACCUGUACAGAUACUCAAACUAGCCUCUCUAAAGGGCCUGUUAUAUGCCAGUUCUCCUUCCCAGCUAGUACAGCUCCCUGUUGCAAUUUGCAGCUGGUAUAAACAAUGCUUUGAUUGUAUCUUGGCAAGAGAUCCCUACUGUGCAUGGUCCCUCUCUCUUCACAGUUGUAUCCUCCUGGCUAACCACCUUGAGCAUUCACAAGAUCUAAUCCAGAGCAUCAAGAAUGGUGAUAUCUACAGGUGUCCUGAAGUAGAAAAGAAAAUCAGAAAGUACCCUGUCAACCUUGGCAGCAGCCCUCAUCUUAACUGUGAACCUUUGUCCAACAUAGCCAAUCUCCUCUGGAUGUUUAACAAGAGCCACUUGCGGGAAGACGAGGCCAAAUAUCUCAUCCAUACAAAAGGACUGGUUGUCUUUAAUGUAACAGUUACUGAUACUGGGCUGUAUGAAUGUCAUUCUGUUGAAAACGUCAGUGGGAGAAAAUUUCGUGUAACAGUAGCCGUCUAUCUCCUUCAGCCCCAGCCAGAGAAAACUUUCUACGGUCCUAAGUGUGACUUGUCCAACCAGGUGUGUUCUGAAAUAGCAGGUCCAAAAAGCAAACCUUUGGGAGGCCCAGAGACAGAGAACCCAAAGCAAGCACCAUCCAGAAGAAUCCAGAGUUCAUUGUUCAGUCUAAUAAGUGCGGGGUCUGCCUUUGCCCUCCUUUUCUUCCUUUUGCUUUCUUGGAAUAUUUACAAGGGCUAUAUCUCCCUGCCCUGGACCUCUGGACCUAAAACAUCAGCAGAUGAAUCAGCAAGUGCAGAAAUGAGUCUGGAGCAGACUCAGACAAGCUCAACCUCACAAACAAUGACCAUCUCCACUGGCAAAUCAAGCCCAUUGAUGUCUUCCUCCUUUAUAGUGGAUUGCACUAUAAAAAUGAGGCCAAGCAUUAACGCCACUAAAAUCUGUAGUUCUUCAAAUUGUCUGGUCAUGGAUGAAACCAAAAUUCCAGAUAAAAACCCUGAAAUACAAGAUUGCUCCAAGGGAAGGAGUUCAACACCUCUUUGAUCCCAUAAACUGGAUGCUAUGUACAGAAACACUUUUUUUUUUUUUUGAAAAAAAGUGUUUGAUUUCUAAAUGGAUCUUCCUUUUCUUCCUGUCAUUUUUAGGGGGGUUCUGAAAAAUAAAUCUCUUGAAUUUUUUUUAUCAAGCCUUAUUUUUUCUCCAUAUUUUUUCCCAUAUUUUCAGAACUGUAGGAGAAUGCCACCAUCAGCAAAUUAUAAAUACUUCUAAUUUCUAAUUCUUAAAAUUAGUAUAACCGUUUAAAACUGAGAAGUAUUAUGUAUGGAUUCCAGGAUGUUUGUGAACAGCGUUUUCUGUUUAGACUAGACAAACCAUUUGUUUAAAGAUGGGAUUGUAUUUUCCUCUGUUGUACAAAUUCCAUUUGUCAUCACCUGUGAGUUUUACAAUACUAGGAGACGACACAUUUCUGUGGCUACAUUUCAAGAAUUGUACUGGUCCAUAGGAUACUGUGCCAUUGUAGGGAUUGCUUUCCAGGAUUCUGGCUAAUUAAAACUAGCAAGUGUUCUUACAUCUGAGAUUUCAUUUUAAAAUGUGUAAGAAUAAGAAUGAUCUGCCCUUCGGAAAAGCCACUUUUCACACUUAUUUCUGAGUCACUGAUUUGCAGAAAGCCUCUGAAAUGGAAGAAACGGUGAUUCCUUUAGAUAUGCCAAAAAUAACCUUUCUUGAAGCAGUGAUUUUGUUCCAGUAACUGAGCCAGCUAAGCCAGAUAUUGAAAAGCAGUAAAAUUGUCCACUUGGUGACUGGCAGUGAGUAACUCAGACCUGUGAUUUUUCCAGGAAUACAUCAGGCACUCUUCUCUGAAAGCCCAUCGUUCUGUUUUGGGAACAACUAAGGGAACUAAAUGGUACCUAAUGCAGAAAUGGAGCAGAAUGGUCUACCCUCUCCAAGUGACGGCUGAUUGGAAGGAGAUAGGCUUAAAGCAUAAAUCAAGCAGAGAUUCAGCAGGCAGGCUGCUGAGCAUCUCUUGAGGAAGGUAUCUUUGAACAUUAGUUCUUCUGGCAGGCUAGCCAUUCUAGCAACAGUGGUUCUGAACCUGUGGGUCGGGACCCCAUUUGGGGUCAAAUGACUAUUUCAUGGGGGUCGCCAAACA